UCCACUUCUCACCAAAGUUGCCAGGGCCCCAACCCCGAAAGCGAGCGACCUGCCUCUCCGAUCUCCUCCUCCCCUCAACAAAGCCAAGCCAAAGCCAAGAACACCGGCGCUUUACCCUCCCCCACCCCCAGAUCCCAACCGCCCCACAGAUUCCUCCCCAAGCAGCGCCGCGCACGCCAGAUCGGGUCGCCCCGCCCCGCCCUGCCCCGCCGACGAAUCUCCAUUGCAUCUCGCGAUGCUGGCGGCGGCAAUCUAGCUAGCAAGCAAGCAGCAAGAUCGACCGAGCUGAGCCGAGCCGGGGGCGAGACGAGACGAGGGCUAGGAGGAUGAUGAAGCCGCAGCACGGCGCGGCCGGCGGCGGGCACGGGCGGCGCACCCCGUUCCUGACCUCCUACGCGCUCACGCUCGCCUUCAUCACCUUCGUCUCCGUGCUCUACUUCAAGGACUUCUCCUCCACGCUCCACCAGCCCUUCCUCCACCACCCGCCGCCCCGCCACCGCCCCAGGCCCCGUCCCCACGUCCCCAUGGGCGGCGGCAAGGCUGGGCCGGUGGUGGCAGAGAAGAAGGUCUCGGGCUCCCGCUCGGCGGCGGCGGUGUCGCUGCCGUUCGCGGUCGGGCGUGCUGCGGCCGGGUGCGACGUGGCCCGCGGCGAGUGGGUGUACGACGAGGUGGCGCGGCCGCUGUACCAGGAGGAGGAGUGCCCCUACAUCCAGCCGCAGCUGACCUGCAAGGCGCACGGCCGCCCCGACACCGCCUACCGCCACUGGCGGUGGCAGCCCCGCGGCUGCUCGCUCCCAAGCUUCAAUGCGACUCUUAUGCUGGAGAUGCUGCGGGGCAAGCGCAUGCUCUUUGUUGGGGAUUCUCUCAACCGCGGACAGUAUGUCUCGUUGGUCUGCCUCCUGCAUCGGGCCAUUCCUGAGAGCUCCAAGUCCAUGGAAACAUUUGACUCACUCACGGUUUUCAGAGCAAAGGACUACAAUGCCACGAUUGAGUUCUAUUGGGCCCCCUUUCUAGCUGAAUCAAAUUCCGACGAUGCUGUUGUUCACCGUGUCACUGAUAGAAUAGUAAGGGGCACAGCCAUUGAAAAGCACGCCAAGUUUUGGAAAGGAGCUGAUGUUGUGGUAUUCAAUACCUACCUUUGGUGGAUGACUGGACAAAAGAUGAAAAUUCUGCAAAAUUCCUUCGAAGAUAAGAACAAGGACAUCAAAGAAAUGGAAACAGAGGAUGCCUAUGGCAUGGUACUGAAUGCCGUGGCGAAAUGGGUCGAGAACAACAUGGACCCCAAAAGUUCAAGAGCGUUUUUUGUCACUAUGUCACCUACUCAUACUCAGAGCAAAGAUUGGGGCGACAAGUCUGAUGGAAACUGCUACAACCAAACUACCCCAAUCAAAGAUUUGUCUUACUGGGGACCAGGCACCAGCAAGGGCCUGAUGCGGGUUAUCGGCGAAGUGUUCAGUGCUUCUAAGGUCCCCGUUGGGGUCGUCAACAUCACCCAGCUCUCUGAGUACCGCAAAGACGCGCACACCCAGAUAUACAAGAAGCAGUGGAACCCGCUGACCCCGGAGCAGAUCGCCAACCCUAAGAGCUACGCCGACUGCACGCAUUGGUGCCUCCCGGGACUCCAGGACACCUGGAACGAGCUGCUCUACGCGAAGCUCUUCUUCCCUUGAGCGAAGGAAGAACCUUGGGUUCGAGAAUUGACGCGCGAAUUGAGCACACAAGUGCUGAUCAACCCUUUGACUGAAAGAAGUGCAGGAGCACCUCACCCGGGUUUCUGGGAGUAUAGUAUAUCAUCUGGGAAGAAUCUGAUCUGCCGGAGAAGGGUUAGUGUAGCUGACAUCGUACAGGUUGCUACACUCCGAAGAGUGAAGAAUAUUAUACACGCCGCACGCACGGUGCACAAGCUGAGGUGUUUGUGGUCAUCCGUUGGAAAUGCUAAUUGCGAUACCGUACCACAUUCCUCUUCCUCGUGGCGUGAUGUUUUCAUCGAGCAUGAAUGCCAAAUUGCUCAAAGUGAUCACCUAAAGGCAGAGGCUUUUUGUGGCUUAUGUAGUCUUUUGCAUCGAGUUUUCGCUUUUUGCCGGUUAA